GCAAAUGAUGAAAUUGCAUUAAAGACAUUCUGUAGGAAGCCCAGGCAUCCCUGCUGUGAGAUUUAUUAUUUAACACCAGAUCUACACACCUCCCAUCUUGCCCCUUUCCCACCAGACAUUCUUUGAGAAAUCAGAACAGAGAGAAUAGAAGUUCUCUGACAUUCCCAGUGUGCUGGCUUCACCCAAAAGCUCUCCAACAACACAUUGAUCUUUCCAGUUUCUGCUUUAUGAUAACCUUGUCCCACCCUCAAUAUUUCUCAACAGGUCAACGGCAAAGACUUAUCCAGAGCAACUCAUGACCAGGCUGUGGAAGCUUUCAAGACAGCCAAAGAGCCCAUCGUGGUACAGGUGUUGAGGCGGACACCUCGGACCAAAAUGUUCACCCCUCCCACAGAGUCACAGCUGGUGGACACAGGCACUCAAACUGACAUCACCUUUGAACACAUCAUGGCCCUGACGAAGAUGUCCUCUCCGAGCCCACCUGUCCUGGACCCCUACCUGCUGCCAGAGGAGCACCCCUCAGCCCAUGAAUACUACGAUCCCAAUGACUACAUGGGGGAUGUGCAUCAGGAGAUGGACAGGGAGGAGCUGGAGCUGGAGGAGGUGGACCUCUACAGAAUGAACAGCCAGGACAAGCUGGGCCUCACUGUGUGCUACCGGACAGACGACGAGGAUGACAUUGGAAUUUAUAUCAGUGAGAUUGACCCUAACAGCAUCGCAGCCAAGGAUGGGCGCAUUCGAGAAGGAGACCGAAUCAUCCAGAUUAACGGGAUAGAAGUACAGAACCGGGAAGAGGCCGUGGCUCUUCUGACCAGUGAAGAAAACAAGAAUUUUUCAUUGUUGAUUGCAAGGCCUGAGCUCCAGCUGGAUGAAGGUUGGAUGGAUGAUGACAGGAACGACUUUCUGGAUGAGCUGCACAUGGACAUGCUGGAGGAGCAGCACCACCAGGCCAUGCAGUUCACAGCUAGCGUGUUCCAGCAGAAGAAGCACGAGGAAGAUGGAGGGACCACAGACACAGCCACCAUCUUGUCCAACCAGCACGAGAAGGACAGUGGUGUGGGGCGGACCGACGAGAGCACCCGCAAUGACGAGAGCUCAGAGCAGGAGAACAACGGUGACGACGCCACAGCCUCCUCUAACCCGCUGGCGGGCCAGAGGAAGCUCACCUGCAGCCAGGACACCCUGGGCAGUGGCGACCUGCCCUUCAGCAACGAGUCCUUCAUCUCGGCCGACUGCACGGACAUGGACUACCUGGGCAUCCCCGUGGACGAGUGCGAGCGCUUCCGCGAGCUGCUGGAGCUCAAGUGCGAGGUGAAGAGCGCCAGCCCCUACAGCCUGUACUACCCCAGCAGCCCCCUGGACGCGGGCAAGAGCGACCCGGAGAGCGUGGACAAGGAGCUGGAGCUGCUCAACGAGGAGCUGCGCAGCAUCGAGCUGGAGUGCCUGAGCAUCGUGCGCGCGCACAAGAUGCAGCAGCUCAAGGAGCAGUGUCGCGAGGCCUGGGUGCUGCACCCCAGCGCCUUCCGCAACUACGCGGCGGCCAUGGACGUGCGCCGCCACGAGCUCUCGGACAUCACCGAGCUGCCCGAGAAGUCCGACAAGGAUAGCUCGAGCGCCUACAACACGGGCGAGAGCUGCCGCAGCACCCCGCUCACGCUGGAGAUCUCCCCGGACAACUCGCUCCGGAGGGUGGCCGAGGGUGGGCCGUCCCCCAAGAACCUGCUGGCCAUCACCGAAGACCCCGAGGUCGCCCCCCCAAGCUACAGCCCUGGGGCCAAGGAGCUGGACCCCAGCCAGGCCCUGGAGAGCAAGGAGCGCCGCGCCAGCGAGGGCAGCCGCAGCCCCACGGGCAGCCCCAAGCUGGGCGCCUACCUGGCAUACCCGCACUCGCCCUACAAACACGCGCACAUCCCGGCCCACGCACAGCACUACCAGAGCUACAUGCAGCUCAUCCAGCAGAAGUCGGCCGUGGAGUACGCGCAGAGCCAGAUGAGCCUGGUGAGCAUGUGCAAGGACCUCAGCUCCUCCAGCGCCGCGGAACCCAGGAUGGAGUGGAAGGUGAAGAUCCGCAGCGACGGCACGCGCUACAUCACCAAGAGGCCCGUGCGCGACCGCCUGCUGCGCGAGCGCGCGCUCAAGAUCCGCGAGGAGCGCAGCGGCAUGACCACGGACGACGAUGCCGUGAGCGAGAUGAAGAUGGGGCGCUACUGGAGCAAGGAGGAGCGCAAGCAGCACCUGGUCAAGGCCAAGGAGCAGAGGCGCAGGCGCGAGUUCAUGAUGCAGAGCCGGCUGGAUUGUCUGAAGGAGCAGCAAGGCGCCGACGAGCGCAAGGAAAUGAAUAUCCUGGAACUGAGCCACAAGAAGAUGAUGAAGAAGAGGAACAAAAAGAUCUUUGAUAACUGGAUGACCAUCCAGGAACUCUUAACACACGGCACAAAAUCUCCCGACGGCACUAGAGUAUACAAUUCCUUCUUGUCGGUGACGACUGUAUAAUUUUCACUUGUGCGCUAUGUACAUAAGAGAGACCACUACCGUUGGGGUAGAGAUUCCUGCCUCGUUCAAUGCGGCAAGUUUUUGUAUAUAAGAUAAACACGGCCAUCAUGUUUAUAGUCCAAAUUUGCCAUCCCUCCAACUUUGGGUGUCGUAGCUCUGUGUUAAGUGGAGGUAAAACACACCCUUACUGUUUUGGAAGGCAAUAUGAAACAGCUUUUUUUCAAACAGCAACGGUACUUUUUUACUUGCUACCUUUUACAUAAAGUGUUUAAAUUUCAAAAAGAUCUUUUACUAAGCAUACUUUCACAGAAUAAUUUGUUUAAACUAUAUUCAUAUAAAAAAAAAGUUAAACACGCUUUUUUUCCUGCCUAAAACACAAAUACAACGUCCACUAUGUAUUUUUAACGCAACUCUAUUUUAUAAUGUUACUUUGCUGAAUGUGUUUCAUACCUUGUGAUCUUUAAUAUAUGACGUGGGUCAAGGUUCAACUCAAAACCAACAAACUCUGUGGCUAACAAUUUAAUACACAUAACCAAACCAGCAGUGUUUAGAGUUGGAAGAUACAGUAGAACAUUUUUUCUGGUUAAGGUUCCCAAGAGAGUGUAACAGUUUUAACAGAAAGCAAAAUUCCAUGCAGCUUUAGGGAAGUUUAAAGCAUGUUUGCAAAGUUGCGGCCUGUGGGAAAAUUUUGCAUGUACAGGAAAGUGUCAGAUGGAGUCAGUUUGUGGAAUUUUAAGUGCUCAUUGUAGUAAGCCUUUGCUUUGUAGAUUUGAAGGCACAGACUUAUCCAGGCAAGUUCAUGAAAUCACGAUUAGUUACAAACAAACAUUAAGUAAAAAUGAAGUUAAAAUAAAUUAUUAUUUUCUAUUUGAUAUGUUUUGAUGUGAUUCCUCAUUUUGCCGUGGUACUUAUAAAAUAAAAGCCUUUUGCAGUGUU